AUGGGGGGGAUCAGCAGAGCUGGGGGUUACUACUGAGCGGGGGAUUAUCAGAGCUGGGGAGCUAGAGGUUACUAAUGAACGGGGGAUCCGCAGAGCUGGGGGUUACUACCGAGCGAGGGAUCAGCAGAGCUGGGGGUUACUACCGAGCGAGGGAUCAGCAGAGCUGGGGGUUACUACCGAGUGAGGGAUCAGCAGAGCUGGGGGUUACUACCGAGCGAGGGAUCAGCAGAGCUGGGGGUUACUACCGAGCGAGGGAUCAGCAGAGCUGGGGGUUGUUGCUGAGCGGGGAAUCUGGUGAACAAGGGCACUAAUAAGCUGGGGAUCUGCUGAGUGGAGGUACUACUGAG